AUGAAUCAACCACUGUGGCCACGGUUGGUGUUGUUGUGGGUUACCUGCGUCGCAGCAGCGUGUGCCCCCACCACCGCAGUUGCUACGGUCCAAACGGAAGAGAUGCACGUUUCCCACUUGUACUGCCAACCGCUCUCGGAAGCAGUGCCGGCCACCCCAAUGAUGGGCCGUUUUGCGUUGGCCGAUGUCUCUGGCCAACUCGACGGCAAGCGUGUGCGUGUGGUGGAUGCCCCGUGGCCGUCCAUUGUGGGGCGCGAGUUCUGGCUGGACACAAGCUGGGACGAGCACUGGUUUCUGUUCCACGACGACAGCGCUUUACAGGUGGCGGGGCGACCGAGCGAGCAGGACGUGGUGGAGCGCAGUGACAGGGGAUUGGUGGAGGGACGCCGCGUGGCGACAGUGCGGAUACUGGAGUAG